AGUUGAAAUGUUUACGUAUGGUGGAAAAGAUAUUGCUUUUAGCAACUAUGGACCUAUAUGGAAACUUCAUCGAAAAAUUGCGUCAAAGGCCUUACGACAAUAUUUGCAAGGAGACGCCUUAGAGCACAGAAUCUUUGAUGCUGUAGAAACGGCGUUUGUUGAAAUUGACAAAAUUUCCGGCCAAUUCGACCCAGAGCAGUACAUAAACUUUAUUGUUACCAACAUCCUGACAAGUCUUUGCUUUGGCGGAAAGUAUGAUUUCAAAGAUAAAGAAGUGAGUUAUAUUCUGAAAGCCGAAGACGAAAUAAACGACAAAUUUGCAACAGGCAUCUUGGAGGACUUUGUACCAGGAUUGAAAUAUGUGUAUAAGACCCAGGCCUUCAAAGAAAUGGAGGUGUUUACGAAUGAAGUGAUCGAAGGGUUUAUAAGAAGAAAAUACAAGGAAGCGGAGUCAACUUUUAAUAAAGAUAACAUGCGACAUUUUUCGGACAAUUUGAUCCUUGCUCGCAUGGAGGCGGAACAGGAGGAUGGAAAAGACGCACUCUCAGGACUAGAUGAAGAUCACCUUGUUCAAACGCUUACUGAUAUAUUCUUUGCUGGCAUAGACACAUCCCGAUUUACACUCAGGUUUGCCCUGUUGCACAUGGUGGCAUUUCCGGAUAUACAAGAAAAGGUUCAGGAAGAAAUAGAUAAUGCUGUUGGGAGGGACAGAUUACCAGGAGUUGCAGACCGCCCUAAUCUGGGUUAUACGGAAGCUGUGUUACAUGAAAGUAUGCGUCUUGCAAGCGUUGCCCCAUCAGGUGUUUUCCAUCAAGCGUCUUGUGAUACAGAGUUAUCCGGCUACCGAAUUCCAAAAGGAACAAACAUAGCCAUCAAUCACUGGGCGCUUCACCAUGACCCAAGCGCCUGGGAUGACGUUGAUCGAUUUAUUCCAGAACGAUAUUUAGGGGAAGAUGGAAAGCUUGGUCCCAAGCCAAAGAACUGGUUGCCAUUUUCGGCAGGAACACGAGUAUGUCUCGGAGAAUUUGUAGCCAAACCAGAGCUUCAUUUAAUCUUUGCGAGUUUAAUGCAGCGCUAUAAAUGGAAAAUGGAAUCGGGAUUAUGUGCAGAUAUUACCCCUGUUGGGUCAGCUUUUCUUCUGGGUUGUAAGCCCUACAAAGUCAUUGCUGAAAAGAGAAUUUAAUUGACAGGAGCAAAAUGUUUUUUUUUUUUAUAUAAAUAGGGUAACUAGUUGAAUAUAUCAUGAAAAAUAAUUAUUAUAAUAAAAAGGUAUUAAAUUAUAUUCAAUAGAAGACA